AUGUCACGCGUAGGCAAGGGUUACCUAUACUUAUACCCCGGCGCACUUAUGCUCAUACCAAGGCCUCUAAACUACCCACAGGAUGUAGAUGAGGAUCGGACAGACAUUGAUGGGGACGGUGGACUGUCGUUCUUGCGAGAAGACGCGUAUGUGCAUCCGUCAUUAAAGACUCCCGACACCAUCGCGCCAGAAGAG